UCCCAAGAAAUCUUCAGCAGCACUUCUCUUGCUGUGAUAUUGUCAUUCACCACCAAAUGUUGUCCCUCUGCAAGAUCGCUGAUUCUUUGUUCAUUAGCAAUUCUAGGUCAGCCUGCUGUGAGAGUCUCCUCAGUCAAGAGAGAAUCACGUUCUGUAUCAAUGUCUCCAGACAACAGCCCUUCCCAAGCUUUCAGCAAAGCCAUUUGCUGAGAAUCCCUGUCUUUGAUGAUCCUUCGGAGAACCUGUAUAAGUACUUUGAGCACUGCAGUGAUGCCAUAGAAGACACCAUCCAAAGAGGCGGGAAGUGCUUAGUGUACUGUAAAAAUGGUCGCAGCAGAUCUGCAACUAUCUGCACUGCUUACUUGAUGAAGCAUCAAAAGCUCAGGUUGAAGGAAGCCUUUGAGAUUGUGAAGAUUGCCAGGCCAAUGGCAGAGCCCAAUGUAGGAUUUUGGUCUCAGCUACAGAAAUAUGAAGACCAUUUGCAAAGACAGCAGCAAAGAAGACUUUCUUCAAAUACAAUUUCACAUAAUAAAUAAACAAAUUGAUUCAGAUUACAAUGUUGGGAAAUCCCUUUAAAGAGGAAGAUUUAAAAUGCUUCUAGGUAACACCUGAAUUGAAUAUACUAAAAAAAGACCUGGGAUCAUCUACUUUAUUAUUGUAGUCUUAAGAAACUAGCUGAAAACCUUCCAAUAAGGCAUAAUUCAAAUCUCCAAAAUCUGCUCAAUGUUAAGUAUAAUUAAAUGCAGCUAUAAUGGGUUGGCCAAAUCUUUUGGAGGGAGAAGUUGCACUUCUGCUUUGAGGAUAAUGUUGAUAUACUAAUUAAAUGCAGUUGGCUAGAAAUAAGAUCAUAAGUGUGACUUUGUGUGUUUUUAGGUUACUCAAGAUCAUAGGAGGAAGGCAGUAGCAAUUUCCCAAAAACAAUUCCAAGAAAACAGGAUGGGUUUGUCCAUGCGACACCCAGAAGUCAGCAUUUUCUAUCAUCUAUUUUUAUUGAAAAAUAGUUGAGAAAUCAGAAUUAGCUCCUUCCCAUAUAUUGUUUUUAAUAUACUUUCAAUCCGCCAGAAUUUUAAGUACUGAUAGCUUUAUUCUGCAAAUUAUCAUAUCUUUAUAAAGUAAUAAAAUAAUGUGACAUAGUACAUUUAGCAAACUAGGAAAGAUAUGUCAUUUUACAUGAUUAUGUGAUUUAAAUAAUUUUCAUGAUUUUUUAAAUAUGCCAUAAUGUUUAUUAUAAUAUUCAGCACUAAAAUGAUAAACUACUUAAGGGCCUUUCCCCACUGUUGAGUUGAAAUGCCAUGCAUCUAUCUUGAGUGGGCAGAAAACCUUUUUGUGAGAUUUUUCUGUCUCACAUGCAAGUCCCUUCCUGAGCCUUCCUCCAAGCUCAUCAGAGUGAGUUACAAAUCACAACAGAUUUUGCACAUCUUGAGUUUGUUCUUAGUGCCAGAAUAGGAGGAAAACAUGACAUUAACACCAAUAUAGCUA